UUAGGCUGAGGUGAAGGAGUAUCAAAUGAGCAAAAUAGACAGUAAUGUCAUUCUAUUCAUCUUGUCGGUGUCCAAGAGGGAUGGAUAGUAAUGGUCAUUGGAAAAGAGGUACUCCGAAUUUGACGAUCUGAAUACUAACUUAAAGAAGGUGUUCACGAAUUUGCCUCCAUUGCCAGGGAAAACAUUGUUUAAGUUGAAGGAACAUGUCGAUAUCGAGAAGCGAAGAGUGGGACUGGAUUAUUACAUUAAGGAAUUAUUAAAACGAUCAGAUGUCUUCAAUUCUGAGUCGAUGAAACAAUUUUUAUAGUUGGAGAAGCAUGCUCAAGAACAAGUGGUCAAUCCACCCAAGAUGUUGGGAGAAAUUACAGGUUUCAUUCACGGAUUAAGGGAUUUCUAUAUAGAGAGAUCGUAGAAUGUCAUAUUUGUCUUAUCAUCUGAUAUGAAUGUAGCCAGCAGAGUGGAUGCUUAUUUGACCAAUAUGAAAAUGCCUUGGGAAAAGGAAGCCCCUCCAACUCUAUUGGCUGUUGGAUGUUUAGAAUGUUGGGUCAAAACUAAUGACGAGAACGAAUUCAAGUAUGAGAGAAUGUGGAAUAAAACCUAUCCAUCAUAAGCAAUAUGUUUGUAUUGGGAUGCAGUGACGUCAACUCUAAUCGUUGGAUUGGAUGAGGGAAAAUUGAAUUUGCUCAAAGUCCCUCAAGAAAGUCAAUUUAUCAGAUACGAUGAACAAGCAGAUAUCAAGGCACAUUAGGGUAGAGUGAUGGGUGUUUUUUAUGAUUCCAUAAAUUCACAUAUUCAUUCUGUAUCAGAAGAUAAGAAAUACAAAGUACUUGACUUUUAAAGAUAAAUCACAGUCGCAGAGCUCUAACCAAGUUAACAUCCCUUGACUGGUUUAGCAGCUGAUAAAGACAACAGAAGAAUAUUUGUUUCAGAUAAAGGAGGCUAUGUUCAUGUCUUUGAAAUCACCUCUGCAACCAUGGGUCCAUCUUUGGCUGCCUCAGUAGCAUCUUAAACACUCUCCCCUAUAAGAGGCAUCUUUUUCGAUCCUGUCAAGAACUACUUGUUCACAGCUGGAUUCGAUCAAGGAGAAAUUGGUAUCUUUGAAGUUGGUAAAUCUGGAAGAGAGAAGUUUACAAAACAAACUGCAAGUUUGAAAGGCAAAUUGCAAAUGAGAGAAAUCGUGUGGUCACCUUCCAGAGGAGAAUGUCUGGUAGGAAAUAAAGAUGGUACAGUAACCGUCUGGAGUGCGAAAAAGGCUGCACCAAUAUUUGUAAUUAAGGCUCAUAAUACAGAUAUCACCAAACUCUAAUGGUAUGAAGACAAACACAUGUUAGUAACCAGUGGAAAGGAAAAAUCUUUGAAAUUUUGGUAAUUACCCAAGGAAUGGAGAGACAAAAAGAUUGAAUAACAGGAAGAAAUAUAGAAUGACAUAUUGUAGAGAUAAAUAAAUAUCUAAAACUAGCAGGAGACUUCUAAAAAGAAAGAGCUUGAUUCUGAUGAAGACGAUCUUAAAGGAUGGCAUAAAAUGUGAAAUGAAUAUCAAAAUAUCGUAAUAUAUAUAGAUAUAUCAUAUAAAAUCACUCUUAUUUUAUAUCA